AUGACUUCCGUUAGUUUUCAGAGUAAAAACGCCAAAAAGACUUUAGGUGACCUUCCAUAUUACAGAGAGAUCAAGAAGUAUUUGGAAUUCAUAGGACAGUCUCCACAGCAAGCGGACCUCAAACGUAACGUUAUUUACAUCAUCGAACUGAUUGGUUUGUUAAGCGUAUUUGUACCAACUUGGUUACAAUUCAUCACUACUAUACGCAACAAUGACAUCGAUGGAGCAUUAGAGUGUAUGCCACUUUUUGCCACGAAUAUAGGUACGAUAGUAAAAGUAGGAAACCUCCAUAUAAAGGGAAAACAAAUGAAUAAAUUGUAUGACCUUGUGGUAAAAGAUUGGGAGUCAGUGAAGGAUAAAAAAAUGUCGAUAAGUAUUUUGAGUGAAGUUACCCGACAAGGAAGUUUUAUUGCACAGGUGUACAGAAGAACUUUAUUAACCUCUCUGGCAGUAUUCAUUCUGGUUCCGUGGCCCUCUUUUCCUAUUGUGCUACCAUUGAACGAAACCAGACCGCGACGGCAACUAUUUAAACUCAACUAUUUGUAUAAUAGAAUAACCGUGGGGCAACGAAUUAAACAAGCAACGGAAAGAAAUAACUUUGCCAACGAGAAGGACAUGUAUGAGGAAUUCAGGGACUGCGCUGUUGAUCACAAUAAAGCGAUACAGUUUUACAAUCAUCUUAAUGGAAUGAACCAAACGAGUUUUUUGCUUCAGAUUGGAAUGAACAUGAUCGGUAUUAGCGUGACAGCUGUUCAAACGGUUAUGAACCUGGGUGAACCGAAAGAAGCGCUCAGAAUUUCUAUCUUCCUUGUAACCCAGCAAUUUCACAUGUUCUUCAUCAGUGUACCUGGGCAAAAGCUUUUGGAGUACAGUUUAGGAGUAAACGAAAUUCUGUAAAUCUCCAAUUGGUAUCGAGUACCAGUGAGAAUACAAAAUGUGGUUUACAUGAUGCUAAUAAGGUCUGGCGUACCAUGUAUAAUGUCCGCAGGUGGAUUAUAUAAUAUGAAUAUAGAGAACUUCGGUAUGAUGUUCAAAACGUGCGUGUCGUAUUUUACAAUGCUAAUGUCGAUGAGGAACACCUUCCACAUAGUUUGGAACAAGGACUGUCGUGCGCAUAGUUUCCAAGCCAGUCCUAACGAGUCCUCGUCCAUCAUCGUGACCGAAUGA